UUUUAAAUAAUUUGUUUGAAAACUAUAUCGAAACCAAUUUACUCGUAGAUACAGGAAUGCAUAUUUGUUAUUAUAUAAAAAGAAAACAAAUGCAUUUCAUAUGCAUCGAUAUUGUUUAAUCAUUUUUUAUAUGAUUGCUAAAUAAAAUAAUAAUAAAUUAAAUAAUGAAUUGCAGGCAACAUGCUGGAAAAGAGAUCGAUGAAUCGAUUUUCGAAGAAAUAUGUGACAUUAUAUUCGACUUAAUACCUCAAGCACCGCAAUUGAAACAGCUCUUUUUAAAUUGGAGUGAAUUAAAUGACAGAGAAAGAACACGAUUGGAUGUGAAAAGUCUGCUAUGGUGUUGUCCAAAAAGAAAUCUUUACAAAUCAUUACGCGAAGCCAUGAUCCGUUGGGAAAAUAUACAGGAGACUGAAGGUGCUCCAGGAUGCGAACCAAGUACAAUACCGUCGCGUUAUUCUCAUUUGGAAGAGGAACUCGGAAAUCUGGUCUUUAAUAUGGAAAUUUGUUUGUUGAAAAGAUCUGAAAAUAUGUAUGACCGUGUUGUUGAUAAACGAACAACUAACAGUAGUCCUCCUUCGAGUAAUAUUAAUUGUAAGAGAAAUAGUUUCACGCUAUUAUCAAAUUGCAAAGAUUAUUGUCGUGUUAUCACCAAUCCGAAAACAAGCUCUUUACGUUCUAUACAUAGCUGGUGUUGUUCCGUCGACAGUAAAAGCUCCGAAGAUGAGCUAAGUGGUUAUUUGACAAAUUGAUAUUCAGCAAUAAUCCUAUACAUUUUGUUGUCUCUAUCGUGUUUUUUUUUUGUUUAGAAUAAACAAUACAUCUUGCAUUGAACGAACUCUCUUUUUCGAUGAGAAAAAGAGACGACGUUAAUGACAUAAAAUAUUUUAUUAUAUUAUUUAUAGGUUCAAGGUGCACGAACGUACAAUUAGAUAAUAUAAUUAAUCGAUUAAUCACUAUAGCGCAAGUCAUAUAUAAUAGAAUCGAAGGAAUUUUUCAUUUGUAAUAUGUAUAAUAUUGUUUUCAAAUUAUUUAGAACACUUUAAACAUCCGAACUUUCUUUUUUUCUAAGUUCCUUCGAUAAUUAAAAUUUUGUUAAUUGAUUUGUUUUUAAAAGUAAUCAUUGCCGUCCAUUAGGACAAUACUCAAUACUUCAUCGUAGCUAAUUAAAACUGUUCAGGAACACAAUUUUUUUUCUUUUCUUUCUUUUGUUAACUUUUUUUUGUUAUUGUUCUUAUUGUUUCUUUGACAAUUUGCAAUAUCUACGUUUUCUUUCCCGGUUAUUUUGUGCAAAUCGGCGUCGACACCAUCGUGGAACG